AUGAUAUAGAGUUCAAAUUGCAAUGUUUAUUAUGGACUCAGUGACUUAAUCAGAGGAAAUGCCCUGGGUCUACUUCAAGAUAGUACUGCAUUAAAAGCUGCAUGCUACAUUAGAUCAAAUGAGGUCGCCUAAUCGAUUUUAUAGCUUUAAGAAGCUCUGGACAAUCCCUCAAUAGUUGACUUCGCAAGACCAUUCGUGCUAAUGAAUGAUAUCAUUGUUUAAACCUCUGAUUAACUCUUUGCAUGUGAGUAUAAGAGAUUUACAUUGCAGCUUUAAAUCAGAUUUACUACAAUCCCAGGAGCCUUUAAUUUGCUAGCUGACAUCAUCCUAAUGCUAGUCCUUAACGAAGACAUCAAAAAUGCUUUCUUGGGAAUAUUCACUGCACCUAAUUGUAUAAAUUUGGGAUAUAACUUGGGCUACUUUUAAUCAAGAUUUUUAAACUAUAGAGCACAAAUUGAUUUCUCCUAUGAUUCUUUAUUUAACUAUAUGGAAUCGCCUUAUGCAAAAUAUUCAAAUGCCACAUAUACUUUGUGA